UCACUUAUUUAUUCGGAAUUUUUUGUCAUGCAACAAAAUAGUUUUAUGGUUGCCAUAAUGAUUGGAUCUUUGUUUUAUGGGUAUUUAAGCGGUCCAAUGAAUAUUCCUUUAUCCAACAUAGCGAGUGGAACAUUUCUUAUCGCAUCAAUAUCAUUAUUUUUACCUUUACUUAUUGAAAAUGAAUUCUUGUUAUUUAUUUUAUUUAUCGUAUUCGAAUUAACCUGUGGUCUUUAUUUUCCGUUAAUUGGAACAUUUCGAGCAAAAGUGAUUUCUGAAGACAUAAGAGCUGUCCAGUCUCUUUACGAAGCAUCGAUGUAUAUUUUUGUUUUUUUAUGGGGACCGUUUUUAGAAAGCCAGCAUG